UGACAUUUGGGUGCAAUAGUUGACUGAUUGUGUUUUGUUUCGGUUAAUAAUCGGUUCGGUUGUUGCAAAAGUGCGUUUCGAUCGCGUGUCGAUCGUUAAUGUGAACUUUUCCUUUUCUACUUUUGUAAUUGGCCACGGGUUUCCCGCCGCUUGUAGUUUGCGCCCGUCGAUAAGCUAACGGGGCAUCGACCGGUCGUAGCUCGCAAGGGAGUGGUAGCCAUCACCACCAAUACACAACCAGGUUCCAACGAAUCGUGUGUAGUGCGUCGCGACCAUUGGUCUACAAUUUGUCGACCAAUCAUUGGGAAAGUGCAGACUAAAAUAUCCAAUCCCCUCCAGCGAUGGAGCAAAUCGCCACGACGACCGACGGCCAAGUGGUCAUGCAAGCCGUUCAAGGCGUGAGCCCCCAACAGGUGCAAGUAAUGCAGAUGAACACCGGGCAGGUGAUUCAGGGGGCGAACGGCCAGCAAAUCAUGGUGCACGCCGUGCCCCAAAGCGGCCAAAUCCAAGUGGCCCCCGCCGGCACCCAAAGCCUCCAACAAAUACAAGUCCUACCCGUGUCCAGCCUCCAGACGGCCCAAGGCCAAGUGCUCCUGCAGCAGCCCCAACAAGCCCAAAUCGUCCAGAGUUUGGACGGGCAUACGUUCAUUUACCAACCGGUGGCCAUCGACAACACGACCUUGCAGCAAGCGCAGCCUACAGUGUUGAAUAUCAACGGGAGUUUGGUGCAAAUCGCGAGUAGCCCCCCGGCGGCGGCGACCACGACGGUGGCGCAGCCCGCGGUCACCUCCCCCUCCCAGACGGUGGUUCCCCAGAUAGCCGCAGCUUCAGGCAACCAACUGACUAUGGCUAACGGCAACUUAGUCAUGGUGAGAAAUGCCGCAGACAUGGUGCCAGGGUCCAGUGGGACGCAAUUCCAACGAGUGCCUAUUCCCGGAACGACCGAGUUUCUGGAAGAGGAGCCCCUCUACGUAAAUGCCAAACAAUACAGGAGGAUAUUAAAACGGCGACAAGCGAGGGCCAAAUUGGAGGCUGAAGGCAAAAUUCCAAAAGAGAGACCUAAAUAUUUGCACGAAUCGCGACACAGACACGCAAUGAAUCGGAUAAGGGGCGAGGGUGGCCGGUUUCACUCCGGUUCGGUUAAGAAAAGACGAGAGGAAAUGGAGAGGGCACAACAACAGCAACAGCAGUCGCAACAGAGGUCGAUUGGGGUGCCCUACAAUAAUAUCGAACUCGCAACCCCCAUUAUAAUAGAAAAUGUGAUGCCUGAUAUAAUCAAAACGGAUCCGCUUUCCAUCGAAGGGAAUUAAGUUAAUUUGUAUAUCUUAGGACUUUUGUAUAUAGCUUUUUAAGUUUUAUUAUUUGAUGUACAUAGUUAUUGUUAGGCAAUUUAGUGUCUGAUUCACAUAUCCAUGUCGUUUUUAUGUUUUUUACUUUCAACGUUGGAAAUUUGUAUUUACCACAGUUUGACUGAUCUUGUAAUCAAUUUUGUUAAUAAAUUAUUUCAUUUUAA